GUUGUCUGGCCGCGAGUGCGAGCGUCGCAGCGCGAGCGGACGGCCGGUUGACGGAGCGCGAGCUGCUGCCGUCGGUUGCGGCGGAGCGACGCGUCGCCCAGGGCUCCGGACGGGCAGUUCAAGGAACUGCCAUGAAGGCAACGCUAGGUCAUGUGACCUGUCCAUUUGGAUGAUACUAAGAAGGACAUCAUGUCAUCAUGUGUCUCAAGCAGAUCGACUGCUAGGAAGCCUAUUAACAAGGAUGAACAAUGUGGUAACAGCGUCGAUCAGCCAGAUAUUAGUAGUGGUCUAUCAUCCCUAAACAUUGACUUAGGUAUGGAGUCUUUCAUUAUUGUAACUGAAUGUGAUCAGAACGUCACUGGCGGUGAGCUAGGACAAAAUGGAGAAGAAAUGCUGGAAGAUGAACCUAUGCAAGACAGUAAUGAAGAGAUCAGACCAUGUUGUGAUAAAUCUGCAGGACGAUUAGAAAGAGCUCAGUCAGAAGAUGUCCGAAUACCUAGAAUUAGGUUAAAUAUGUCAGAUCGGAAGCUAUCUCUUCAAGAAAGAUCUAAUUUGACACAGUCAUCUGGAAGCUGCUCAACCAUUAAUGGACGUUAUAUUUAUCCUUCUUUACCAUAUUCUCCAAUUACAUCACCACAUUCUUCUCCUCGAUUGCCUCGUCGGCCAACAGUUGAGUCUCACAGAGUGUCAAUUACAGAUCUGCAGGAUUGUGUGCAGUUAAACCAGUACAAGUUAAAAGAUGAAAUUGGAAAGGGUUCCUAUGGAGUUGUCAAACUGGCAUAUAAUGAAGAUGAUAACACCUACUAUGCAAUGAAAGUCCUUUCUAAAAAGAAGUUAAUAAAGCAAGCUGGAUUUCCUCGUCGUCCUCCACCUAGAGGUGCCAAAGCAAUUCCACAAACCUCAGUGCAGCCUAAAGGACCUUUGGAUUGUGUGUACCAAGAAAUUGCUAUUCUGAAAAAGUUGGAUCAUCCAAAUGUGGUCAAGCUAAUUGAAGUGCUUGAUGACCCCAAUGAGGAUCAUUUGUAUAUGGUUUUUGAAUUAGUGAAACAAGGCCCUGUGAUGGAAAUUCCAACUAAUAAACCCUUGACAGAAGAACAAGCACGAUUCUACUUCCAAGAUUUGACCAUGGGAAUUGAAUUUUUGCAUUAUCAAAAGAUCAUUCAUCGUGACAUUAAACCUUCCAAUCUUUUGGUUGGAGAAGAUGGACGUAUCAAAAUUGCUGAUUUUGGGGUUAGCAAUCAGUUUGAAGGAACUGAUGCUCUUCUAACCAGCAGCGUGGGCACUCCUGCAUUUAUGGCCCCAGAGACUAUUUUAGAAUCCAGGAGGAAUUUUCAUGGAAAGGCUUUGGAUGUCUGGGCGAUGGGUGUCACAUUAUACUGCUUUGUUGUGGGGCAAUGUCCCUUUAUGGAUGAUCAUAUAUUAAGUCUGCAUAACAAAAUUAAGAACCAUCUGGUGGAAUUUCCUGAGCAGUCAGAGCUCUCUGAAGAGGUGAAGGAUCUUAUUUUUAAAAUGUUAGAUAAAAACCCAGAAACCAGAAUUACUGUUUCACAAAUCAAGUUGCAUCCAUGGGUAACGAGAUAUGGUGCUGAAACACUCCCUACAGAGGAUGAGAAUUGUACGCUUGUUGAAGUAACUGAAGAGGAGGUUGAGAAUUCUGUAAAACAUAUUCCAAGCCUAGCAACAGUGAUUCUUGUUAAAACAAUGUUACGCAAACGCUCCUUUGGAAACCCUUUUGAGGGGAAUAGGAGAGAGGAAAGGUCUUUGCCUGCAUCAGGAAGCAUUCUUGUAAACAUUUCUCAUGGAUGACACAAACUUCAAAAUGACAUAGAACUUCCAGGAUGUGCUGGCCAUUGGUACAGAAGUGGUGAUGAUGAUUGAAAGAGUUAAAAUAUAGGUGGAUGGGAGGCAUAAAGCAGUGCUUGUUGGUUAUACAAAAGAACAUAUUUUGUCCAAAGAAUAAUUGGAAUAAACAUGUACUUAUUAUUGAUUUUAAUAUCAUUAGAGCUUAAAGAGGGUAGGAAGUAAUGAAUCUUGUUUAAACAAGAAACUGAAUGCUGGAACCUGGAGCAACAAACUAACUGCUGGAACUCAGUGGGUCAUGUCACAUCUGUGGAGGCAGAAGAAAUGGUUAUUGUUUAGAGUUGAGGCCUUGCAUCAGGACUGAGGGUGUAGAAAGAACGUAGUGAAUAUACAUUGGUCACAAGGAGGGAUGAGACAGAGGCAGGGAGGUAAUAGAUAGAGCCAGAUGGAGGAGGAUGAUGGCCAGAUGGAGGCAAAGAGAAAAAGGGGGAAUGGUGUGUUAGAGCUUGAUAAGUGAAAGCUGCAAACAAAGUGGGGGUUGAUGAAGAAGCAGAUGAUUCUCACAUGGUUCUAUCUGGCUAUCAUCCCUCCCUUAUCUGUUCCACCUGUCACCUACCAGCCUCUGUGUCUACCCUUCCCACUCCCCUUGCCAAUACAACACUAUAGGCUUAUUCUUUCCUUUUUCUAUUUGUACUUUCAUCUACAAGCCUCUUGUUACCCCUCUUUCUUCUUUAUGUUAGCUAUCUUCCUGCUGUUCUCUGAGUCCUGAUGCAGGGUCUCAACCCAAGAUGUUAAGAUCAUUCCCUUGCCUCCACAAGUGCUGCUUGACCAGCUGAAAUCUAGCAGUUUUUGUCUUGGAUCUCUUGAAAUUUUGUAAUCAAUGAAAGUAAGCAAUUUUCCUAUGUACUAAUAAAAGAAUCACACCUAAAUCAUGAUGAAUAUUUUAUAGUUUUGAUAAACAGUGAGCAACUUUUUGUAUGGAAAGAAGCAUUUAAAGAGAAAAGAAAUGAUGCCUUAAUCUGCAUUCAUAUAUAACUAUCACAGAUCUAUGAUUUUUUUGCUCAUUGUUUCUUUCUUUGGCAUCUUUUCAUAUGGCAUCUGAAAGAUUCAGUCAUGGUGAUAUGGAUAUGAAUUUGAAGUGCAAAUGCCAUUAGAUGCCAGUUGUAUAAACGUUGUAAUCCCAGACUUAUUUCUGUAUGUUGAAAUAUGCUAGCUUUCUUUAUAGCAAAGAUUCAUAAAAGCACUAUCUUGUACGGUGAGCUUCUCAAAUCUCAGUGGUAUUUUUAAGUGUCUAGCUGUUGUCAGAUACAAAAGAAACACAUUUUCUGAAGCUUGCUUAUACAAGAAAAUAGCUUAUUCUAAUCGAAAGGUUCAUGUGAAGUAUAAUAUCUAUGAUGAUUAAGUUAAUAAUGCCACUAUCACCAGAGUGUUGAAUGCUGUUCACAAAUUCAACCUAAAAGUGAAAGUAUCAACUGUCAAAUGCUUGUUCAUUUUUGUGUAAACUUUCCACCAAUUUCCAGAAAAAACAAGUCAGGAAAUAUGAAAUACUGCUAUUUGCAUAGUAGUCAAAGGUAAACACUUAAUUUGAGUAUACAAGUCUACAUGUUAUAUCAUGCAACUAAUAACUUUAAUUGCAUCAUGUUCUGUGACAUAAUGUGUGAACCAGGACCUUAAAGGGUAUCAAUAUGAAUCAGUUUUCCCUUGGAAUUUUUAAAGGUUAUGUAAAGAAUUCUCAUUUACUGUAUUGAUAAUGCAAAACAUCUCAAUGUGUUCUAUAGAUAUAUUUGUAAUACAUGCACUGGACUGCUUGUACACAUUUGGUCACACUGUGUCACAGCUGCUUAAAUAUGGAGCACAAGUGACAAAGUUUAUAGUGGAUUUCACAUUAAUUUACAUAUAAAUCCCAAACUAAUGGCCCUGGCAAGCCCCGGUGUUCUGAUUUUUGUAAUGACUUGCUUGUAAUCAGUUCCAAAAUCAGUACAGGUAAAGCAUGGCAAAAGAGGAGUUAAAACUCUACAUGCAAUUGAACCACCUCAUAGAUGCUAUCAGUAUUCAUGAGCAGUAAAUGGACUAUUAAGUGCUGAUAUUUAAUAAAUCUAAUAUUCCUGGUUAUUGCACAGUCAUUCUGUUAGCAAAGUCCUAUCAGGUUAGAAAAAAGAUCAAUUUGCUCCUUUUACCUGAUAAUUCAAUACUGGUAGUUCACUGUUAAAAUUUGUGCAUUAUGGCUAAGUGUUAUUACUGGUUAGCUGAUUUUUGUUGGACGUUAACUCAAACACUCCCAAGCUAUGCAAUGGGGAAUUAACUCUUAAUUAAGUCAACAUUGAAAUAUUCUUUAUCCUAUUGGAAUGGAUCACACAUUAUUUAAGAGGGCAGUUACAUCCAGAGAUGAGUAUUGUCUUCUUUGCUGCAUGGUGCUUCCUAAAGCAUGCUUGAAAUUUUGAGAGAUAACAAACAAAUUGUCACAAUAUUGAUAGCAUGGUGCUUAUUGUGUGCAUGCACAAGUUUGCAUUUUGCCAGUAAUCAAAUGCACUAAGCAAUAUCGAAGUUAAGUCAGAUAUGCCAUUGCACCAAAUUGAGUAUUAUAAAUUACUGCAAUUUGAAAGUAUAACAUGAAUUUAAUAAUUCAGAAUUUUGCAGUAUAACCAGGGGAAGUUUGUUUCAUCAAAUGUAUUUUAAAAGAAAAAUCUCAUUAUUUGUUUCCAGUUUCAUUUUGGUUCAUUCUGGUAACUUUUGUUUUCAUAUCAACAUUACAGGUCACUGAGCAAUAAGUUUCAUAAGCUGUAUUUGAUUAAGUAAAAGAUUAAAUUUGUCAAAUGGUA